AUGGAAACAUUGACCCCGAUUCCGUUCUUGAGCAGCAUCACUGGAAAGCUUGUUAUUGUAAAACUGAAAUGGGGCAUGGAGUACAAGGGCUAUUUGGUUGCUGUUGAUCGCUAUAUGAACCUUCAGCUUCACAGUACGGAUGAGUAUAUCGAUAAUUGCUUCACUGGAAGCCUUGGGGAGGUAUUGAUUCGUUGCAACAACGUUUUAUACAUUCGCGAGUGUGAAGACGAAAAGGUCCCUAUGGAAUGA